GUUAGUAACGUGCUGGACCAUAGAUACAUUCCACCACACUAGCGAGACAAAAUCAGAGCACAUCACGAGCCAUACAGUUAGAAGAUUACUACUUAAAGAUUAAUUUAGAUUUUUUUAAAUCUAAAUCUAACCUGUUUCAGCUGUGCUAAUUGAUGCUAUUUGGACAGUGUUGGCUACAUGCUGUUAACGAAUUGAAUCCAUUAAUUUAUCUGCACCUGCAGAGUUCAGACGAGUACCGUGGAAUAAAUUGACAGGCUGAUUGACCUGUAGGAAAGGUUGGUCUUCACGAGUUGUUAGUUCUCGCAGAAUGACCCAGGAGCAGUUGCUUUCGAGCCUGAAGAAGGAUGUGCGCUCCCUGCUCAUCUCAGCCAAGCAGGGCCUGACCCCAGAUCAGUUGAAGAGAGACUACAUCAACAUGCUGGGCCACCCCAUGCCCCUGAGGAUCCUUGGCUUCCGCAACGUGCUGGACAUGAUCCGCGAGAUGCCCGACGUGGUGCAUAUCCUCUAUCUGGGAGAUGGCAGCAUAGUGCUGAAGGCGGUGGCUGAUGAUACCACCAGAGGCAUAGUGGAGUUGGUGGCCAAGCAGCGCAGUGCCAAGAAGACCCCUGCUCAGCGUGGCGGUGUGGGCUUCUUCUCCCCACGCUACCAGCAUCACAACCCCAUGGUCCUGCCGCGGCGUGGCCGUGCACCCCCGGCCCUGCCGGCUCAACUCCGGGCCCAGCUCCACCAGCUGCUCUCCCAUGGGGCCGUGGGUUUAUCGGAGCUGGAGACAGCCUUCGUCCGCCGCUUCGGCUUCCCUUUACGUGUCAACAACUACGGUUUCUAUUCCAUCGCCGAGAUGCUGGCGGCGGCCGCCGACCUGGUGGCAGUCACACAAAGCAGGAUGGGCUCCCAGCUGUCCCUCAGGGGGGCAGUGGUGGCAUCACGGAGGACUGGACCCAUAAAGCCGUUAUUCCCAUUGAAGCAGACCUUCAAAACUGUUCCUAUCGUAAGGCAGAUGACCCAGACAAACUCAGUCCCAGUAGAAAGACACACCACGGAGUCCAGUACUCCGAAUCCAGUGUCCAAUACUCAGAAUCUUGUGGUACCAGCGCCACUCCCUGAGGCUGCAGUCCUUAACAGCCCAGAGGGAGACCAGGGCUCUCUGCCAAUGGAUUACACAAUACCACAGCCUGAACCUGAACCCACGCAGGAUGGACAACUGUUUCAGAAGUGUGUCAUCAAGCUGGAGGAGGAGCUUAGGCAGCGUAUUCUGGAGAACGGGGAAGCGGGCACUGUCAGUCCAGAAGUAAAGGCCAAGCUUCGCCAGGUUGUAGCCCAAAACAGUGAGGGACUGUCCGUCCACGAUCUCCCUGCAGAAUUCAAGAGGGUGUUUGGGGAGGAGCUGCCGGUGGUCCAGAGUGGCUUCCUGAGUACCACGGAGAUGGUGGGCGCCCUGAGCGACACGCUCUACCUGCGGCCCAUGGCGGGCGACGAGGGCAACCACUGGGUGGUCAUGGACAUCCAGAAUGCCCCUGGACACACAACGCCUCAACAACCAGGAACGGCGGAGCCCGAAGGCCCCGUUGAGGGUGUCAAGGCUCUGAACCCGUCAGGUACGGGCUACUACUUCAGCUGUGGGGAGUCUCCCUGGGAGGGAGAGGGAGGCGAGACCAAGCCCAACUUGGAGGAAGACCUGGAGCUCCGCAUCACCACCAAGACCUCCUACCAGAUGGUGGAUAUGUACGGCUCGUUGCCGGUGCGUUGUCGGCGUGGGGCGGUGAUUCCCCCGGACGCCAUGCGGGGCCAGAGGCUGAGGGCCCCCACGUGCAGGGGCCCUCGGGAGCUGGUGGCCGUGCUGGUGGAGCAUGUGGAGUCUCCCUCGAACUUCUACAUCCGCUUUGAUGAGAGCCAAGAGGCCCGCGCCCUGGAGAACAUGAUGAUUGAGAUGAGGAGCUGCUACACCUGUCCCGAGGUGUUGGAGCGUUACCGUCUACCGGAGCGCUACGUGCGUACAGGCCAGGUGUGCUGCGUGGCGCCCCAGGGCAUCUGGUUCUACCGCGUGGUGGUUCACCGUGUCCUCAACAACACCCAUGCAGAGGUCUACUACGUGGACUUUGGAGACCUCACCACUGUCCAGAGGAGCAGCCUCAACUUCCUCAAGUCUUGUUAUUCAGAGCUCCCAGCACAAGCAGUCCCGUCAUCGCUGGCUGGAAUCAAGCCUUUCGGUGGCAGCUGGAGUGCCAACGCCAAGACCUCCUUCCAGAAGCUAUGUUGUGACCGUACCCUGGUGGCAGCCCUGCAUGGCUACCAUGCCGACUUCCUGCAGCUCUUUCUGUGCGACACACACACCGAGGAGGAUGUGUACAUCCACAGCGCCCUGCAGGCCCAGGGCCAUGGGCUCUGCUGCGCACCCACCGUCAGCGCAGCGUUGUGUAACCAGUUCAACCCAGUGAGCCUCUAUCUGGGCGAAGGCGUGUUCGGCGAGGGAAUGGAAAUAGAGGACGAGGACCCCACCCUGGAGCCUUGCCACGAAGCCACCACCAUCACUUUCCAGCACAACACCACCCAACCCCUGUCCAAGAGCUCCCCUUGCCCCACUCACACGACCCCUAACCUUGUGGGUGGGAACAAAACCAACAAAGAGGAAGUUCUGCCUGACCUCCCAGCACUGGAGUUCAUCGAGGUCAACUCUACAACUCAGGGGGGCCUGAAUGCCAACCCGUUUGCAGCUCUGCAGAGUAAGGACCCACUGCUGCUGUGCUGUAGUGACUGGGACCAGGGCUGGACACCCAAUGCCCCUGCCCCCACCCCUGCCCCAGAGGUGGUACAGCCCAAGGCAAACCUGGGUAACCAUGGAGACACAGCUAUGCCCCCCCCCCCUUCACCUAGUGCCAGUGAGCUGAAGGAGCCAUGCUCUGCAAAUGGAGGGGCGGGGUCCCAUAUACCUGCUGUGCCCCCCCAGCCCUCCACUCUGAAAACCCUGAGCCUCCGUACCCCCGGAUUGACGCAGACCCAGACUGCCCCAUACGGUAUGUCCGUGUUCCCUCUGUUUGGAAUGGGGGACAUGCUGCGUGUCACCUCGCCCUUUGCCCUGGGCCCGGCUGCCCGUCUGGCUACCGGCACUGGUUUCCAUCUCCUCAACUGGUACCCUCACAAAAUGGCCUGAACACACACACACUUCCUCAAUGCACAGCUGGUCAAACCAACAUCAUCCUGCUAUGUGCAGACAUGAUCCUUACCUGUUAGAAUGUUAGCUACCUACAGUCAGACAUGAUCCUUACCUGUUAGCUACCUACAGUCAGACAUGAUCCUUACCUGUUAGCUACCUACAGUCAGACAUGAUCCUUACCUGUUAGCUACUUACAGUCAGACAUGAUCCUUACCUGUUAGAAUGUUAGCUACCUACAGUCAGACAUGAUCCUUACCUGUUAGAAUGUUAGCUACCUACAGUCAGACAUGAUCCUUACCUGUUAGAAUGUUAGCUACCUACCUUUCAGACAUGAUCCUUACCUGUUAGCUACCUACAGUCAGACACGAUCCUUACCUGUUAGAAUGUUAGCUACCUACAGUCAGACAUGAUCCUUACCUGUUAGCUACCUACAGUCAGACACGAUCCUUACCUGUUAGCUACCUACAGUCAGACACGAUCCUUACCUGUUAGAAUGUUAGCUACCUACAGUCAGACAUGAUCCUUACCUGUUAGCUACCUACAGUCAGACAUGAUCCUUACCUGUUAGCUACCUAUAGUCAGACAUGAUCCUUACCUGUUAGAAUGUUAGCUACCUACAGUCAGACAUGAUCCUUACCUGUUAGCUACCUACAGUCAGACAUGAUCCUUACCUGUUAGCUACCUAUAGUCAGACAUGAUCCUUACCUGUUAGAAUGUUAGCUACCUACAGUCAGACAUGAUCCUUACCUGUUAGCUACCUACAGUCAGACAUGAUCCUUAUCUGUUAGCUACCUACAGUCAGACAUGAUCCUUACCUGUUAGCUACCUACAGUCAGACAAUCCUUACCUGUUAGCUACCUACAGUCAGACAUGAUCCUUACCUGUUAGCUACCUACAGUCAGACAUGAUCCUUACCUGUUAGCUACCUAUAGUCAGACAUGAUCCUUACCUGUUAGAAUGUUAGCUACCUACAGUCAGACAUGAUCCUUAUCUGUUAGCUACCUACAGUCAGACAUGAUCCUUACCUGUUAGCUACCUACAGUCAGACAUGAUCCUUACCUGUUAGCUACCUACAGUCAGACAUGAUCCUUACCUGUUAGCUACCUACAGUCAGACAUGAUCCUUACCUGUUAGCUACCUACAGUCAGACAUGAUCCUUACUUGUUAGCUACCUACAGCCAGUCCUCUUUUUUUGGUUUGAUAUUGAUGUCGUGUCAUAGACUUCUCCCAUGUUUUCUCUAACACUACAAGGAAUGUGUGCAGAGUUGAUCGCUCCUUCUUCGAAAUAGAAAAUAAUCGGAAAGCUUGUUUUGUAGAACUUUGAGUUGUUUUUACCGGUUAAGUUUUAUUUUCUGCCUUUAAGUACGCUUUGAUCCGUUUUAUGUGUUUCAUAUUGUAAUGACCAGGUUAGUUUCCUCCUUUUCUACCUGUUGCCUGUUUAACUGCUCAGCAGGUUUGUUUCCUUAGAGGACAGGAGACUUUUCAAAUUACACUGUUUCGAAACAGAAAGAAAUAAUGUCAUUUUAUUUUUUUGAAAAUAAACCAAAUUGAAAACUUGUGAA